AUGAGUGACGACGACGAACAGCAGCAGCGUCAACAUUUCACUAAUUCACACGAUGGUGAACAUCGACGACGUUUGUUAGAGAUUAAAAAUGAACUACAGACACUAAUGCGUCAAAAAAAAAAAUACGAUGAAGAAAAACUCAAACAAGAUGCUGAUUUCCUACAAAGUGAAAUCAUCGAAUUACGCAAGUCGAUAGCUGAUAUCAACGACGAAAUCAACCAUCAAAUCAAAAUUGGAAAGAAACUGCGUGUUCAAAUGACUAAUCUUCGAUCGCGGUCUGGGGUUCGAUAUACGAAUCGAGCAGUUGCACUACGUGAUAAACGACGAUAUGAGGCAGAAUUGAAGAAAGAAAAUAAAACAGAAGAAUAUCGUGAAUUGGCGCGCAGAGAGAUCCGUGCGAUCGAUGCUGCAUUACCUAUUCUCAAAGAAGAAGAUGAAUACAAAGUACGGUUAACAGAAGCAGAAGAUGCACAACAAGCCGCAACGACAAGAAGAAAGAAACUUGAGGAAAAUUUUAAUAAAAAUCUACGCAGACAAACAGAAAUCAAACAGCUACUUAGUGAGAAUGCCGAAAAACUACCUGAAAUCGAAGCCACUAUCGAAAGUCUACGGAGCGAGCGAGAACGUCUACUCUCUGCCAAUUCCGAGGCAUCAACGAAUCGCAGGAAAACCCGUCGUCGUUUAUCAACUCUUCAGCAAAGAAACGUCGAUUCACCAUCAACUGAUCCUCAUACUCCUAUCCAAACAUCUAUAUCUCUCGAAGAAGCUUGUUUGGAACAUGAAAAACAACAAAAUGAAGAUCAACUCAACAAAGUCAACACAUUGAUAAAUUACUUUCGAGAAAAACUCAACGAGCAUGGUCUUGCCAGUGAAGUCAUAUGUACGACACCAUGUUCUGAGUUGACUUCACCUCUCUAUCCUCCUAUAACUCCUAUGGAAGAACAAUCUAUUCUUUCAUCGUACAUGGAAGAACGCGGUUGUGAUAAUGCCGUUCUCUUGAAAACAGUGACGCAUGAACCACCCACGGCAAUUGCGAUGAAACUACCUCGAAAUUUUGCGACACUAAACUUCAAUUCGCCAACUACAAAUGAGAUCAUUCAUUCACCUUAUUACGAUGGUAACGAAAUUGAAUAUAAGAAAGAAUUAUCAUCCGAUAUCAUGAAUAAAUAUGGUGGACAACCGAAAAAAAACAAACAACAGUCGUCUAUAACCGGAAAGAAACACAAGAAGAACAAAAAAAACUUUGCCAUUACACAUAAUCCUCAAAUGAUAGCGCUGUACAAUAACAUUCGAAGUUCAAGUGGUAGUUCUGAUACUCUUCCAUCCAUGCCUAUGUACGAAUACGAACUGUACUCGGCUUUACAAGCUCUAGAAUUUUUCAAACAAAGUCUGGAAUCGUAUUCCAGCGAAUUAUCCCGAUACUACAUUAAACCGACGAUUGAAGACGAACAACAAAAUAAAUUCGAGUCCGGCGGCGAUGAUGAUAUUCCUGAUUCUGCGUUGGAUACUUAUUCCGAUAACUCCUCGUUGUUAGAAUCCAUUCAAGAUACUGUCUUGCCUCAGCCCCAAAAAGGCAAUCGUCUCGAAGGACGUCUCUCAAUUUCAUCUGAUGAUAAGAAGACAUUGAUCUCCUCGUCAUCGAAUAAAGAUGAGUAUGAAGAGAGCAAUAAUCAUUGUGAAACGACGCAUAAACCUAAUGGUCAAAUCGAUCGUCAAAUUUCUGACGAAGGUUAUCGUUCAGUGAGACAUGAACAACAACCACAAAUCGGAAAGUUUUAA